CUCUCAGAGUUUGUAGUAAGACACACUCCUCUUACAAGAGUUCAUACUACAACUUAGCAAAGACUUUACAUUUUUGGAAGAACAAAAUAUUCAUUUUGGCAUUGUGCAGAGCAAAAGGAACUCGGUGCCUCCCUCCAGCCUCAAAAUGACAGCAACCUCUGCCGUCAGCGGCGCACUCCUGUUCUCCCUUCUGUGUGAGGCAAGUGCUGUUGUCUUACUCAAUUCCACUGACUCAUCCUCGCCAACCAAUAAUUUCACUGAUAUUGAAGCCGCUCUGAAAGCUCAGCUCGAUUCUGCGGACAUCCCCAAAGCCAGGCGGAAGCGCUACAUUUCGCAAAAUGACAUGAUCGCCAUCCUUGACUAUCAUAACCAGGUCCGGGGCAAAGUGUUCCCACCGGCCGCCAACAUGGAAUACAUGGUUUGGGAUGAAAAUCUUGCAAAAUCUGCUGAGGCCUGGGCCGCCACCUGCAUUUGGGAACAUGGACCUUCUUACUUACUGAGAUUUUUGGGCCAAAAUCUCUCUGUGCGAACUGGAAGAUAUCGCUCUAUUCUCCAGUUGGUCAAGCCAUGGUACGAUGAAGUGAAAGACUAUGCUUUUCCGUAUCCCCAGGACUGCAACCCCAGAUGUCCAAUGAGAUGUUUUGGCCCCAUGUGUACACAUUAUACACAGAUGGUUUGGGCCACCUCCAAUCGGAUCGGAUGUGCAAUUCAUACUUGCCAAAACAUGAAUGUGUGGGGAACUGUGUGGCGCCGUGCAGUGUACCUGGUGUGCAACUAUGCCCCAAAGGGCAAUUGGAUUGGAGAAGCGCCAUAUAAAGUAGGGGUACCUUGUUCAGCUUGUCCUCCGAGUUACGGGGGAUCUUGUACUGAUAACCUUUGUUUUCCGGGAGUAACGUCAAACUACCUAUACUGGUUCAAAUAAGCUUAUCAGCUCUUCCAGGAAGUUGAAUGCUUUCUGGGAAUCAUAGGUCUAUAUAUAUAUUGAGUUUUGCACAUAUUAUACAUAUUUUAUAACAAUCUUGUUUUCCUUUUAUUAGUCCUUGUAUAAAUUAGUG